CAACCCUGGGCGUUUAUUACGUAUUUUUGACGAGCGCGCUCACUUCUCGCACUUUCAUCUCACGUGUGUUUAUUCGCCGAAUUACGUAUUAGCGUAAUUACGUUAGCCGGCCGCACCAACCACCGAUUACUAUUAAAAAUGGAUAAAAAUGAGAAACUGAAAAUCGUCAAAGACGCUAUCAAGUCUUACCCGAAUUUUCCUAAAGAUGGAGUAUUAUUCCGAGAUAUAUUUAGCGUCUUCCAAGAUGUAGAAGCAACGCGAGCGAUGAAAGAUUUAUUGAUCGAACACGUUGCAUCGCUAAACAUAGAUUUUGUGGUAGGGCUUGACUCUAGAGGCUUCUUAAUCGGACCGUUGAUUUGCUUAGAAAUAGGCAAACCAUUCAUCCCCAUAAGGAAGAAAGGAAAGCUGCCAGGCAAUGUUUAUCAGCAAUCAUUUAUGUCGGAGUACGGAGAGGGUGUACUUGAAAUUCAAAAAGAACCAAAACUCAAAGGAAAACGAGUUCUUCUUGUGGACGAUUUACUUGCUACAGGAGGCACUUUAGCGACAGCAGUAAAAUUAGUGAAAUCUUUAGAAGCAGACAUCGUGGAGUGUUUUGUACUAAUAGAAUUGCUUUCAUUGAAUGGUCGUUCAAGAUUUAAUGCUCCGGUUCAUGCUCUUAUUCAAUAUGAUUAAAUAUUAACUGGAUCAAGGUUUUAAGAAUUUCAAGACCAUUACACAAAAUUCUGAAAAACCUUAAUUUUUGUAUAUAACAUUUCGUAAACGAUACACACUUGUACAUGCGUGAGUACCUGAUAAGCAAAAUAAAAUGAAAGAAAUACGAAAGUUUUAUUUUUGUAUUUGUAGCGUUAAUAAAGUUUUGCUUCCAUGGUAAA